UGCACCGAGCUGGAGGAGAUUCGUGUCGUGGAGUGAAAUGCGGUUAAUUUUUUUCAAAAAAGUUUUUUUAUGUUUCCUUGAACGUUAAUGUUAGCCCUUCUCGGGGCAUUGGGUUGGAGAAUGUUGUUAAUACUUUGUGUCCUCUGUCUAUCCAUUCGCUGGGUCUGUGCAGAGACACACUCAUUACAAUACUUUUACACCUCGAUGGCCGGAAAUGUGGAUUUUCCUGAGUUUGUUCACGUCGGACUUUUGGACGAUGUCCAGAUAACUUACUUUGACAGCAACAUUGAGAACGACAUCUCACGACAGCCGUGGAUGGACAGAGAACUGGACGGUGACUACUGGAAGAAGGAGACCCAGAGACUUAUCAAUCGACACAAGCUGUCCAUGGCCAACCUCCAGAUAGCGAUUCAGCGAACAAACAUCAGCAGGACAAGGCUGAACUAUCUGCAAUACACCUCCGGCUGCCGGGUGUCAGACGAUGGGAUGGUGAGCGGGGUCCGCCAGUACGCCUUCAAUGGCCAAGACCUGAUCAGCUUUGACCUUGAGCAUUCCACCUGGGUCACCACUUCCCCCAUUGCGUUGGAAACGAGGGACAAGUGGAACAGAGACAACGCCAACAACCUCUACAAGAAACAUUACACGGAGAAGAUCUGCGUCGAGUGGCUGAGGAAGUACCUCAAGUACGGAGCCCAGACGCUGUCUCGCAGAGCUGUUCCAGAGGUGCUGGUCUACUCCAGGAAAACUCCAGAUGGUCAAAACCUCGCUCUCCAUUGCCUGGCCACUGGCUUUUACCCACGCACCAUCAACGUGACCUGGUUCAGGGACGGCCAACCUCUGCCCCCGCACGCAAGCUCUAGCAUUUUACCAAACCACGACAACACCUACCAGAUAAAGGUAUCCCUGCUGUUGGAGCCUGGCGAGAGGCGGGAGCAUGCCUGCCACGUGCAGCACAGCAGCGUGCCGGAAGGAGUGACUGUUGUCUGGGUAGACCAGUAUGGUGUUGCUGUGUCGUGGAUUGUCGGCAUCGUUUUGAUAAUUGGCAUUGUGCUGGUGGCUGUUAUUGCCUUGAUGUACAGACGAGAAAGAAUGAAAUGCACCGCCUGCUUAUCCAAGGGAUCUACUGGGACUAACUCUCCACUGUCAGAUUCUGACAGUGAUCAGCCGUGGCAGAAAAUAGCAACCGAAGGACAAGAUAGCAAGGGUGAGAAAGACAAAAUGCUUGUGUAACCAGGCCUCUGACUACAGACUCUGCUCGAUCAUACCUCUCCAUGUGUAAUCAAGAAGGGGGAAUGAAUUGUCCACAGAUUCCUAAAUAAGAUUUCAUCUUUAAUCGCCUUCCACGCCUUGUGGGCACACUUCUGUUUGGAAGAAUGUUGUGGGAUCAUGGAGUCAUACAGCACAGAACCAGGCCUUUUGGCCCGGAGGAUCCGUGACGACCAUCAACCAUGCAUUUACGUUACUCCCAUCUUAUUGUCCCCGCAUUCUCCUCAACUCCCCCCUGUCUCUACCACUCACACCAGUCUGUGAGAAUCCCAGUUUUUUUUUCAUUCUUCCCAUAUUCCUGGCAACUUCCCCUGAAAUUCUACAAUUUUCCUGCACACUACAGACAAUUCGCUGCGGCCAAUUAACCUGCAAACCCGCACGUCUUUGGCAUGCGGGAGGAAACUGGAGCACCCGGGGGAAACUCACACGGUCAUAGGGAGAACGUGCAAACUCCACACACAGGCAGCACCGGAGGUCAGGAUUAACCUGGGUCACUGGAACUGCAAGACAAAAGCCCUACUAUGCUCCAUCCCCUGACGUCUUGGGGCUCAGAUUUAUGACUGACCAAAUGGCCCUGGCGAACAAUGACCCUGAGUCAGCGCUCCUACCCCUUAUCCAGAGAUCCUCUUCAGCAAACUGGUCUUUGCUGCCCCUGUGAUCCCUCACAUUUUGCUUGCCGUUGGCCGGAGGGAAUCACGUGACCUUGCUUGGGUCAGGGUGAGGGGUAUGGUGGUAACCAAGGUAAUUCAGCUCUUUCAGGGUGUAUGGGUGGACUUCAACUGGGUCUAACAGAUUGGCAUCAUCUCCUGAAAAGGAACGUUGCUAACUAUUAGGUCCGGUGUAAAAACAAACUUGUAAAAUAUUUCUAUGGUACAUUAUCAGGGUUACCAUUGUGGUGCAUGAUUUUGUAAAAUGUGUUGUAAAUAUUUUUACUUGAUUUGCUACAAAUACUAAUAAAAUCUAUUAAUGACAGA